CAGGCCUGGUUCGACCUGGCAGACAAAGUGGCUCCUGCAAAGGUCGGCGCGAGCUACGAGGUUCUGAGGGCUACGCCCUUGAGAAGCACCAGGGAGAACGAUCAGGAGGCGUAUGAGUUGGCUGAGGGCUCUGUCGUCGAAGUCUUGCAGGUGAGUGGCAGCGCUGUGGAGGUUGCUAGUGAGGUGGCGCAAGGAUGGAUUGAUCUGUGGGACGGCAAUGGCGCACCGAUCAUGGAUGAAACAAUCCCAGAACCGAUUGCAAUGAUCCUGUACACCAGCGGUUCCACAGGCGCGCCCAAGGGUGCCUUAAUUAAGAACCGUGCGUUGAAUAGAUACAUGUGCAACAGGAUAAGCACUGGCGAGAGUGAUUUUUCUGGGGUGCUCAUUCAUGGGGCUCCUCUCUCAACGUCGGCAUCUCCUUACAACAUCUUUGGGAACAUCUUGGGAGGCGGCCGGGGUGUAAUUCUUCAGGAGGGAGCUCAGCUCUUUGAGGUGGCGCAGUCGGUUGGACCAACCCAGCUGGGCGGUGUUCCGCAGAUGUGGGCGCUCCUCUACAAGCGCUUUCAGGAUCGGCUCUCCUCAUGCGACGAAGCAGGAGCAAAGGCCUUACGCCAGGAAGCCAAAAGUUGGCUGGGGCCCAGGAUCCACCAAAUCAACUGUGGGGGAGCCUUGCCAUGUCCGGCUGUGAUGCGUUGGCUCCAAAGCACCUACAGCGACGCUGAGGUCAGUGAAAACUAUGGCCUCACGGAGGCAGGAGGCAUCACAGCUAGUGGACCUGGCCAGCUCCCGCCCAUCAAGGAUGGCGUGCAGGUGCGACUGGAAGAUUUUGGCAUGUACAAGACCACGGAUGUUCCGCCGCGUGGAGAGAUCUUAGUAAAAACUCAGCGCAUGGCCGCUGGGUAUCUGAACCGCCCUGACAUCACCAGCGAAAGCUUUACGUCAGAUGGCUUCUUCCGCACGGGUGACAUCGGCGAGAUGCCUGACCCCAAGCAUUUGCGUGUAAUUGAUCGAAAGAAAGCGUUCUUCAAACUUAGCAAUGGUGAGUGGGUGUCGCCGGAAGCAGUGGAGGCCAUCCUCAUGGAGUGCCCUGAGGUACAGCAGGUAUUGGUGCAUGGAGACUCUGCGCAUGAUUGCAUUGUGGCUGUCGCUGUUGCCAGAGUGCCUGCUGAACAAGUGCUUGAUGCAUUCCGCGGAGUCAUGCAGUUGCGAACAGGUGUUCGCCAUUUUGAGACGCCGCAAGCUGUGCACGUCACGUCUGAGGCUUGGGAUGCAAACAACGGACUCCUAACGGCGACUGGGAAGCUCUGCCGCAGGAAGAUCUUGGAGCAUUUCGCGACACCGAUCCAAGAGAUGUUGGAAUCCGGAAAAGAUGACCGGACAGAGCAUGAGGUGGUGCGAUUGAUUCGGCAGGGAACUGAUGAGAAGGCAUGGCAAAAUCUUAAUCUAACCAGCGUCGCAGCAGCAAGCGCCUCGCACGCUCUCCGACUCUUCUUUGGGGUGGAUGUGUCGGUGAUCCAUCUCUUGCAAAAGCCUCCAUUAGCCGCGAUGAAGGCUCACGUCGAAGGCAGGCAGCGACUCCCGCUCAACACUCCUGAAGAGCUCGUGGGCUUGGGAUCUUUUGUUCCCAUGUCAGGCGACAGAUCUUCCAAGAUCUUACUGACAGGGGCAACUGGCCACGUAGGUGCUUGUGUGCUUCAGCAUUUGGUGACCUCAGGGCUCCGAGUCACGACCUUGGUGCGUGGCCCAUCCCAUGCUUCGGCCAAGAAGCGUCUCUUGGAAACGCUGUUGCGGCGUGGCUAUAAUGAGGCAGCUGAACAGCUGCGGCUGGACGGCGUGCGCGUAGUUGCCGGUGAUCUGUCUGAAGAGUUCUGCAAUCUUCCUCAGGAGGAGUUCCGUGAUCUUGCAGGAGGCAUCAUCCUGCAUGUGGCUGCAGAGGUGCACCACUUGCAGAGUUACAGCGCUUUGGAGGCUACAAAUGUUCAAGGGACUCGACGCCUCUUGAUGCUUGCUUCUUUGGCGCCCACGAAGUUUGUGCUGAUUUCCACCGAGUCUGCACAGGAACAUCGCAGAAGCUCCGGGUAUGGGCAAACCAAACAUGCCGCAGAAAGCCUUGUGCAGGAGGCGCUGUCCUGCGGCAUGCAGGGCAGCAUUUUGCAACUUGGGAUGGUCGGCCCGGAUCGUGUAACCGGAGCGUCCAACGUGCAAGACUGGCUGACUCGCUACGUUUUGGGCACACUUCAGCUGGGAGCUUGGCAUGGAGCUGGAAGCUUACGGCUUUUUCCGUGUGAAGAGGUUGCAAAGGCCAUCGUGGCUCGUAUUCAUGACGAUACCUGCAAGCCAGCUGCUUGCGUUUUGCCAGCUGAAAUUCUCAUGGGCCUGGUGGCCUCUUCGGAAGUGCUUUCUCGCCGACUUCGCGAAGUGGCCCUGGCAGAAUGGCAGGAGCUGCUGGCUGAGCUCCCGGAGUCCAAUUUCAUGUACCCCCUACGUCACUACUAUUGGAGAGGUUUGGGCCGGGACCUGACAGAAGAAGGGCCCCACGGAUACGAUCAGGACUCGGUGAAUUGCAUGCUGAAGUUUCUGGACAGGGAAGGUCUUUUCCCAAAGGCCCUGUUGCAGAGAACCAAGUCAAGUAACAGAGCAGCUGAUAUUCCAAGUCGCCCAUCGCUUCAUCGAAGUAUCUCGCAACCUUCUGAACAUGAGGGUAGUUCUCUGAACUAG